CGCAGCUGGGGUGAAAGAGCAGGAGGAGAGAAAUUAAUCCCUGCGAGUGUAUUUCUAGAAAAGGAACGAAAAGCAUCUUGUCUCCUAGCUGGUUUCAUCUGUUACAAGAAAAAGCAGAGUGAGACUAAUUUUUUCUCUUGGCAAAAAAAGAAAGAGAGGGUACAUGGAAGUCAUACACCCCCAAGCAAGAGCAAGGCUGGACGCAGAGACGGGCUCCGUGGACUGAAGGGAGAUGAGUUCGGGAGGAGCCCGGUGAGCCUGCCUUGGGACUGUGGAGCAUCCAACAGCACCGGAGCUGUGCUCCCAGGUGGACAGAUGGGCUCUGCCUGCUUCCCGUGGCUGAGCUUGCUGCUUCUCAGUGGCCUUGCUCUGCGGCCAGGUAUUGCUGCGCCAACAGGUGACCCUGCUGAAGGGACAAAUGGCUUUUCCUCUAACAAUACACGUGUGACAGUUUAUCGUUGUAAAGAUUGUGACAGCAAAAUUUGCCAAUUAUCCAAUUAUGAGAUCUUUGAUAAAAUUGGAGAAACUAAAAAUGGGACAUUAUCAAAUGACAUAAUUCAGUUGGUGACCACUGCAACUCACAUCAUUAUGUGCUUUCAGCAAGAAAUUAAGUAUCUUAAUGAAGUUUAUGCCAUCGUCUGGCAGGAAGACUGGGGAAUAGGAGAAUCCUGUGGCAACCUGGGACCUGGAGAAAAUGAGGUGCAUCACAUCACAGAAGAGGAGAAAAUCUGCUGUGCAGUAGAGGCAGAAGAAAUCCAACCACACGUGGCUAACCUGAACUGCUACGUUGAAAAUAAGAAAAGCUCAAUAUACCAGACCCCCGAUAAUAUAACUCCAGAUAAUCCAACAGAUCCAGACAGCAGCAAGACAAUUGGCAUCACUGCCACUUUCCUGAUUCUUGGGGUUUGUGCAGCAGCACUGGCACUGUAUUGUGUUCAAAGAACCCGAAGUGGUCAAGGACGUGUCGUAGUGCUCUAUCAGAUUUUUAAAGUGAAUGGAGAGAGACAGCUGUCUUCAGAAGGUGCUAUAAAACCCAAUCAGGCUUGUGAAAGUGGAAGGUCACAGCCAUUUGAAGCAUCAUCUACAAAUGAGACAAACCAGGCCCUUAUGCCAGCAGCAUCCUCAAACAAAGUCUAGCCAUCACCUGAAGAAACACGUUUAUUUUAUACCUCACAAUAGUUCUCACAAACGUACUUUCACAAUUCCCAUGCAUUCACUGAGGACUGCAAUUGCCCUAGUUAUCCAACUCCAGACUUUUGCAAGCAAUAAGAAAAGCUUCCAGGGGCUCUUGUCCUCUCCCGGUACUUGUCUGAGAAGCCCCAGCAUCACAAGAUGCAUGGCUUGUUUGGCAGCACAGACUUAUACCAACUGAAUCCUCCUUUUUUUUUUUAUGGUUGAAACUAUCGGUUCUCCUAAAAUUCUUUGGAGAAUUGCAUCUUUGCUCAGGCAGGCCGUGUUGAACCUUAAUGGAGAUGUUCUCUGCAUAUCUUCCAUGUCGUAACACAGUAGCGUGGCCAUAGUUUUUCAUCUGUUAAGUCCCAGGCUAGUUCUAGGUUUCCCUGAGAAGGAGUUUUGUAGAGCCAUGUGUAGGAAGGGACCUUAAAGACCACCCACUAGCUCAGGCUGUCCAGAGCCUCAUCCAGCCCGUACAGGUGACUGGUUUGUUUUUAGAGUGGUUUACCCUUCUGAGCCAAAAGUCUGGUUUUGCAGCCACCUGCAGGUUGAAGGCUACUCUGCAGGCUCUGUCCUGUGCAGCAGAGACAGAAAGGCGUGCACUUCAGGGGUGCACAAACGGUAGUUCACAGGUAGCAUGUCAUCUUCAAGUGAUUUACUGCUCAUGCUUGAUUUGAGUAAAUCCUCAAAAUUUGCAUUAUACCCAAACAAAUAUCAGGCUUUUGAGCAAAGAGCACCAGCAUCCAAAUUGCAAAAGCACAUCCCUGAAGUGGAAUGGAUGCUUGUUGAAUUAUUUUUUUUGCAUAGUUUAACCAAUCAUAAACCUAUAAAUUGGUAGUUUCAUCAGGAAAUCUCAAAGGAUGUAGGAUGUAACAUGAUUCUAUACAGAUAAAAAAAAAAUAGCAAAAAAAAAAAAAUAAUACAAAAAGGUAUAUUAAAAAGUUAUGGACAUUUUCUUUUUCCCUUGACCUCAAAACUUUGGAAGAUCCUUCAAAUGCAAGUAGGAAAUUUCUGUGGUGUUUUGAAACAGUAUGAUUAGUUCAAUGUAUGUUUUUCCAGGGCAGCUAUCAUGGGUGUUGCUUUUGGUUUUGUUUUUCUGCUGUAAGUCAUUUCUGCGAGAGCCUCUCAGGAAGUGCCAAGCAUUCCCAUUGAUGCAUGGAGCUGCGUGCUGGGCUUCAGGAGAUUCCAGUGAUGCAUACCUGAUUUUCCUGGACCUAGAAAAAGACUGUCUUAAAAUUAAAGGCUGUUGCAGUUCUCUGGAGUGGUCUCUUAAUGGGGAAAAACAAAUGUGUGUGUGCAUGUUAGGGCGGUCAAACUGAUGACUGACACUGCUCUUUUUUUGUGUACCCUCAGAUUUUGAGUUUUUUUGAAACAGAGAUAACAUGCUAUUUGACAAUUUAUGUUGUAGUAAUUCAAGAGAUUAAAAUUUGAGAGUGUUCAAAUUUAAUUUCUAAUCUUUAACACCAGUUGGGGCCAGAGAGCUAGCCAAGCCUUGGGAAUAGAGGUUACCUGCCCAGUGACAGUUGCUCAGCUAAAUCUGUCACAAGAUGCAAUUCACAAACUGACUUUGGGGUGCACACACUUUCCUUCCCAUCUUUUCUGCCUUCCUACUGCUGAUUUUGCAGACAGUGAUAUUCAGAGGUGUCAGUCCCAGCUGUUCUGAUUUGUGCCUCCUGAGCUGCAUUUUGCCUGUAAUGCCAAUCAUCCGAUGUCUUGGGAAAAGGGCUUUAAUGAUCCUCUUGGCUCUCAGCAAGUGACUGAUGUUGCUUUAUGUGCCUGAUGUUGCUUUAUGUGCCUUUUUACAAAUAAAUAUAUCCACACAAAUAGUUCUGAAAUAAAAAUCAACUGAAAAUAUCA